AGGUUGAUAUUGGCACUUACACUGCCUCCCCUUGGCGAGACAGCGAGAGCGAGAGCGAAGGAGGGACAGAGAAAGAGAAAAAGGAGAGAUUGCUAAGAACAAGUCCUUUAACAAGAACAAUGCCAGCUCGUUUUGGAAUUGAAGUGCUUCUGGUCCUGUUUCUUGCGUGCAUUGGAGCAGCUCAUUCCUCCGGCGGUAUUGUUGCUCCCUCCAUCAAGAUUCGUCCGAGUCAUGACUUCUUGGCGGCAGUCCAAGGGCAUCAGGCCUGGGCGUGGGUCGAAGGGGUCACGAGCACGUUCACAUCAAGGAUCAAUGCAGCUGGGCAAGUCAAGUCUCCUGCAGCUGGAGGAGGAAGGAGUCAGGCUAUCGAGUCGCAAGUGGUCCAGUCGGAGAAGCUUUCCGACCCCUUUGCUGCCAUGGCAAAGGAGAAAAUCCGUGCGCUGCCUCCCGGCCAGAAGACAGCCAUCCUGUUGAUAGCAGGUGGGAUUGCCGGUGCCACGGCCAAGACUUGCGUAGCUCCCCUGGAGAGGGUGAAGCUGCUCGCACAAGCCGGAGAGUGCCGAAAUGGCAUUGUUUCUGCUUUCAAGUCUGUCAUCGAACAGGAGGGAAUCCGAGGACUUUGGCGAGGAAACACAGUGAAUGUUUUGCGAAUGGUGCCAAACAAGGGAGUUCUGCAUGCAACCAACGACUUGUAUAAGGAGCUCGCUGCUUCCAUUGCGGCCAACGUUCCAGCCGUUGCAGCUGCGGGGAUGGGAAUGCAACACUUUCUCAGUGGCAGUCUCGCUGGCAUGACGUCGGUGGCUGCCACGUAUCCCCUCGACCUUAUCCGCACGUUGGUGUCCUCUCCUUACGGAGUUGAUGAUGUUUUUCAGGUGGCAGACAGCAGUCGGAGUGGUGGAGAAAGAGGUGGACUGAUGGGAUUGUACCGUGGGGUUUCACCGACUCUUAUCGGAGCCUUUCCCUACGAAGGCAUCAAGUUUUACAGUUACGCCAAGUUCAAAGAGGUUCUACCCAAGGAUCAAGACGGAAAGCAGAACGUGGGAUGGAAGUUGGUUGCCGGCGCUUCUGCUGCAACAGUCGCACACAUCGUAACUUAUCCGAUGGAUACGAUAAGAAGACGAAUGCAACUUCAGGGGGCUGCGGGCGCUCAAAUCCUGUACAAGAAUGCGAUUGACUGUGCAGCUCAGAUGGUCAAGCGGGAGGGGGUAAGAAGCUUGUACCGGGGGCUGACAGCAACGUGUAUCCGAGGAGUGCCCAACACAGGCAUUCAGUUUGCUGUCUACGAGGGGCUCAAGUCGGUGAGUGAUGUUUUCAUUUUCGUCAAUCUCCUUUGA